AGAUUUUAGCGUCGCGGAGAAGCCGGUUCCUGCAGUUGUAGAUUAGUUGGUUGCUGUUGCUCUGGCUUGCAAAGCAAGAAGAGCCCAGACUGGAAGACAUUUCUUGGGAACACAGGAGGUAAAAGCACAAUUGACUUCUUUGACGGCCUCAAGUUAUGACUGUGGAGGUGUCCAGGGAUAGGCCUUGGGCUGAUGCCCUUUGCCCCGUCUGUGCCAGAUAUUUCACAGAUCCCGUGUCUCUGGAGUGUGGGCACAACUACUGCCGUAGCUGCAUUACCCGGUGCUGGGAGGAGCUGUCUGUGGACAUCAUCUGCCCCAGGUGGUGUGAGUAUUUCCUCGAAGGGAGAAAAUUUGAGCCGAACAGGGAGCUGGCCAACUUUGUGGAAGCCACAAAGCGAUUAGUCGAGCAAAUUAAAGAAGAGGCGAAAGGAUGGUCAAAUUGUGCAGAGCACCAGAUGCCCCUGAAUCUCUUCUGUGAGGAUGACCAAGCUGCUCUCUGUUCAGAGUGUAAGAUGUUGCAGGCGCACAGAAAUCACAAUGUGGUCGGCGUGGAUUUCAUGCACCAAAUGGAUGCUUAUAUGAACAUCCCGGUUGAAAUGAAAAACGAGCUUAAGAUCUAUUUGGAGAAUUCUGGGAAAGUAACCCAAGAGUGGCUGAAACGGACAGAAGCAGAGAGGAAGAAGACAAUAGCUACAUUCAAGGACCUACGUCAGUUUUUGGAUGAACAGGAGCGUCUUCGGCUAGCCAAACUGGUAGAGCUGGAGAAAGAGAUCACAAGGAAGAUGGAAGAGCAUGACAAAAAAGUCUCUGAUCAAAUCACUCUCCUGGUCGAUAUCUACUAUUGGAUGGAGGAAGAAUAUGAUCACAGGAAAUUUCUGCAGGAGUUUGGAGGUGGCUUGUCCAGGUCUCCUCUCAAAGUCAACUUGGAGACUCCAGUUGGUGCAGUACGCUGCAGCGCUGCUAUUAUCGGGAACCAGAUGGGGCAUGCGUAUUACUCCCAUGCUGCAGUCACUGCAUUGACUCAGUUACCUGGCUGUCCUGUAUGA